CCCGCUGUAACGGAAUACCAGAGAAUUGUACCAAGGCGCGCCUUAUAAUGCCAGCGGCAAUACUUUCAAAUCGUUUUUCACGGCGACGGAUUUGCAGAUAUCAAGCCUUUCCCGGAGUGGCUUAGCUCAGAGACAAAUAAUAGUGAAAUGUCAGACCCAGAAAUAAAUCUUCGAUGCAGGCCUUUAAGGCAGAACAUCAUAGACCCUGGACUGUCAGACAAGUCAAAAUGGCGCUCGUCGACCGCCGGUGCAGUGUGGCGCCAACGACUGCAAUCUUUAGAAGUCCCCAUCGGCAGCGUGUUUUAUUAUUCCUACCUUUUCCUCCUCGAUCUUCCUUUGGACUGUCACCGCGUUGCCUGUCUCAUUAUUGUGGAACUAAUCACUCAACAAUUCGCAUGACGGGACUCUACAUUCUGCAUUGCUUCUUCCUUCUUGACAACGGGCUGCAAGGCGCUGGCGCAUACGGGAGGUAGGCGGUCCCUAGACAGGGUAUUCGCGCACUCCAUACUGAUUCAGUUGUGGCACUAAACACUCCGUCUGGAUUUUGGUUUGGACCUUGACGAUUGAAUUGCCGGGUGCGAGAUGCUGGAGCUACGUGCUAGAUCUCCCGAUGGUGGGAGGCUCGCUUGGUUACACAAGCGAGAUGAUGGGAUUUAAGACAGGGUCAUGGAUCGGGAAAGUACAAUUUUCGCACAUCGCCAUACUAGUAGCCGAUGGAGCCGCCGAUCAGGCGUUCAGAGCAAAUGCACAUCAUCGGCAUCUCUGGCAGUUUUCUUGCUGGGCAUGGAUCCUUCGAACUCGCUUGGGGUCCCAGAGAAAAAAUGGGAGAUUGGAGCUCUUCAAGUUGGCGCGAUAGUCUGGCAACACCUCACGCCGAAACUCAACUGUAUCUCUGACGUCUGCGUCUCAAUUACAGUUCGACCAGCCAUGGCUUGUUGCGAGGUCUGGAGCCCUCUUGCGCAGUAUGCGUGGAAGUUAUACCAUGUCGGGACUAUUCGCUGGGCCAUGUAUCGCCGUGCAGCUCUGCGCAACCUCGCUUGUCGAUGUUGCACAAGCUUUGCAACCUUGCGGGAUGCCAGUGGUCAAGGCCUAGUACUGUACAGUAUCAGUGCCACUAAACAGACCCCAGACAGGCAUAUUACUGUCCAAGCUGAAGAUUCAUCAAAUGCGCACUCAAGUCAUCAAUCAAGCGAAACAAGACGACGUUUCAGGCUGCAAUGAUAUGUCACAAUGAUGCAUUGCGAGUAGCUGUCGUAGGAGGCUGAGUUGAUUGCUAUUAUUGCUGCUGAGUCCGAGCAAUGGGGUCCCCGAUGUGUUUUGAUCCUACCUGCCCGACAAUUGUCACCUUGACGGUGGAUUCUGCGUCGCUUCGGGCAAAGAGUCGAAGUGUUCACGUCGAAUGACACGAAACGAGGAGGGAUGCCCACGGGAGAUUGUGAAGCGGGCUGCUUUCAAUCGAAGCAACCUGAGGCUUUAAAGGCUCUGAAGGAGAAUCAACACAGCCACUGGCAUGGCACAGCGACGGCGACACAGAACUGGUACGAUCUGACCAUAGUAUUUGAGCAUGACUGAGGAUUGCACGAAUGUGUCUUAGUACGAUUCUCUUCUUGUUGUCGGAGCUGAGUGUCAUGGAGAGAGAGGCGGGUGGUGAUGGGGUGACAGCAGCUGAACCCAAGCGCCGGCUUGGCUGCGCUGGGCGAGACCUGAAACAGGAUCCGCCGCACCAGUUGCGUGAGAGAAGCAAAGGUGGUGGAGGGCUCGGGGCUUAUACCACGGCUAACGUUUGACAGAUUCUUCAUUUGUCGACACGGGCAUGGAUCUAAGCGACUGCAACCGCCACUGUCGCAGCCGGAGGCUCAGGCUGGUGUCGAGCAUGAGUUACAUCACUGCAUGUGUCCAGCAUUGAAACUAGCAAAUGCCCUAGUUGACAGCGUAGUCUCAAGAUGCACUUCACCUUGAUGCAACGAUGCUACUAACAGCCAGACUAUCGAACUUCGAAACGACAGUCGUAAGGAACACUGCAAAGCCACGUGUGGUCUGGUGCAAAAUACAUUGUACAGUGGUACUACGAUCACUUCAGGCAGUUCGCUUGUAACUCUUGCCUUCCACCACCCCGUCACCACCUAAGUGCUACAUUCCCUCCUCCCUACAACUCGAACAUAGUCGUAACAAGCGCCAAUUGGGACUAUCGCGAACCCUCGCUUCGGGUCCAACGUGAGUGGACGUUGAAGAGUGUAUGGCGGGUGGCGCACACCCCCUGGGGUCAAUGGCAGCUCGAAACUCAGUCAGA